CAAGUCAUUUCAAAGAAAAAUUCUAGUUAUAUUCAGUUAUAUUUCAUACACACUUAACAGCCUUAUGUAUUUUCUAUGAAUUCUCAAACCCCCACAUCCACAACUAUCACAAAAAAAUAAUACAUUAUCACCCAGCUCUCAAAGUAAUGCCGGUUCAGAAAAUGAAAACAAAAACAUCAAGUUCAAUCAUGUCGCUCAAUGCAUCAUCAAAUAUUCUCUCACUCCUCUCGCAAUUCUUAUUCUCUCAGAAGUUCACACAUUCAUUUAUUUCACCAUCAAAAUCUAAACAAACACAAAUAACACUUCAUAUGAUUGAAUUUGCUCAGUAUAACAAUUGUAAACAUGAGACACAGUCUCAUAUAAAGGAAUAUUUUCUGUGACUCAAAUUUUGUGUGAUAACAAGUUAGUUUUUGCGAAUAUAACAUUGCUUAAUACUUUUCUCUUACCCAUCGAAUGUAUUACAUUCAUUAGAGAAAAACAGUUUAUUCGUGACUUUUGAUUAAGGAACUUCAAAAAAAUGUCAGAAAAGAAAAAUCAAGCAGAAUUUAAAUAUAUGGAAGAUCCAAAGAAGCUGGAUCGACGUUUAAAGAACCGCGAAGCUGUUAAAAAACACAGAGAAAAGGAAGCAAUUGAAGAAAAGAGAAGACAAAGAAAAGAACAAAAAUUAAGCCUUGAAAAUGCAAGACUUGAAGGAGAAAUUCAGCAAAUGCAAAUUACUAGAAAGCUUUUAAAAGAACUACUUGUUGAUAGAUUAAGGAGAAAAGGACAGCAAUUAACUCCACAACAAAUUAAAUUUCUUGAGGAUGACGAUGAUGAGGACGAAAGUUUUGGAAUGAAUCAAGUAGGAAUUAUUGCACAGCAAAUGACUCAUCUGACGUGCUAAAGUUUUGGUUAUAAAUUUUUGUGAUAUUAAAUCAUUUCACGUGAAUUAAAGUAUUGAGGCUAUAAAUAUGAUAAGUAUUAGGACCAAUGUUUAAGUGAUAAAUUUGAAGAUUAUUUUGCAAAGUAGGUUUGUUCAAAAA